AUGGCCGCAGAUCGUCUCAGCUCGCUCAUGCGCCAUCUAAAGGGCUCCAACACUGGAGUAGACGCAAUCACCCAGAAGAACCCUGAGGAUGUUGUAAUCACCCUAUCUAUACGCACACCUCUGACCAAGGCGUUUAAGGGUGGCUUCAAAGAUACAGAGUUAGACUACAUCUUGUAUGCCCUUCUAAAGGAGACAAUAGCCAAGUCAAAGAUCGACCCAGCCCUAGUCGAAGACAUCUGUCUUGGCAACGUCGGCGAGUCCAAAGCCGCAUACAUGGUGCGCGCCGCAGCCCUAGCAGCCGGCAUCCCGCACACAUCAGGAGCCUCAAGUGUAAACCGCUUCUGCUCAUCCGGACUAAAAGCCGUGCAAGACAUUGCGAAUCAGAUCCAGCUCGGUGCCAUCGACGUUGGUAUCGCCCUAGGUGCAGAGCUAAUGUCUGCAGCUGGUGACCGGCUCGAGAGACCGUUUAAUGCCGAGGUCCUACGGAAUCAAGAGGCAGCUGAUUGUAUGCAGCCUAUGGGACAGACAUCUGAGAAUGUUGGGAAAGAUUUUGGGAUUUCGCGUGAGAUACAAGAUCGUUAUGCUGCUGAAUCUUUCCGGCGUGCCGAGGAUGCGCAGAAGGCGGGUUGGUUUGAUGAUGAGAUUGUGCCGAUUCCUGUUGUGGUGAAGGAUCCUAAGACUGGUGAGGAGAAAAACAUUACUCUUGAUCGGGAUGAGGGGAUUCGCUAUGGAACUACUUAUGAGUCGCUUGCAAAGAUUCGGCCUGCGUUCCCGGACUUUGGCGAUAAGUCGACUGGUGGGAAUUCUAGUCAGGUUACUGAUGGUGCUGCUUCUGUCCUUUUGAUGCGUCGAUCAAAGGCCAUCGAGCUAAACCAGCCCAUUUUGGCCAAGUUCUGCGGUGCCACCAUAGCUGGUGUCCCUCCUCGCAUUAUGGGCAUCGGACCAACGGCGGCCAUUCCAAAGCUACUGGGCAAGUUCCAGCUUGACAAAGAUGAUAUUGAAAUCUAUGAGAUCAACGAAGCUUUCGCUUCAAUGGCUGUGUACUGUAUUGAUACCCUCGGCCUUGACCAUGCAAAGGUGAACCCGCGUGGUGGUGCUAUUGCCCUCGGUCACCCUCUCGGUGCGACUGGUGCGCGCCAAAUUGCCACUAUACUCAGUGAGGCUCGACGGACCAAGAAGAGGAUACUAGUCACUAGUAUGUGUAUCGGUACUGGGCAGGGUAUGGCUGGUCUAUUUGUGAAUGAGCAGGUAUAA